GCACGUGCGCGCCGGUGGGCGGGGCGCGCCGGGAGCACCGCGUGCGUCACGGACGGAAGCGGAACGGGAAGCGGAAGCGGCGCCGGGGCCGCCCGGCAGCGGGGGAAGCGCGGACGCGCCGGGGACACGGCGAGAGGGGGGGAACAACGCCCCGGCGGCCGCCUCCCGUCGCCAUGCCGAGCCCCCGGAGCAGCCGCGAGCGACGCGGCGGCAGCGGCGGCCGCCUGGAGUUCCUGUCGCUGAGCCAGCGCGGGCCCGCCGCCCCUGACAGCCCCUCCCGCCGCAAGGAGCCCGCCGGCGCCGCGGCCGCGCCGCUGCCCGAGGAGGACUGCAUGAAGCUGAACCCGUCCUUCGUGGGCAUCGCCCUCAGCUCCCUGCUCGCCAUCGAUCUCUGGGCCUCCAAGCGCCUGGGGGUGUGCGCCGGAGAGGGCUCGGCCUGGGGCAGCGCCCGCCCCCUGAUGAAGGUCAUCGAGGUGUCGGGCCACGGCAUCCCCUGGCUGCUCGGCACCUUCUACGGGCUCUGCCAGAGUGACAGCCCGGCGGCCAGGGAGGUGCUGCUCAACCUGCUCUUCGCAUUGCUGCUGGACCUGGUGAUGGUGGCGGCGGUGAAGGGGCUCGUCAAGCGGCCGCGGCCCACACACAACAAGAUGGACAUGUUCGUCACCAUCUCGGUGGACAAGUACUCCUUCCCCUCGGGCCACGCCACCAGGGCCGCUCUCGUCUGCCGCUUCGUCCUGCGCCACCUGGUCCUGGCCGUCCCGCUGCGGGUGCUCGUGGUGCUCUGGGCUCUCGUCGUCAGCAUCUCCCGGGUCAUGCUGGGCAGGCACAACAUGACGGACGUGCUCUUCGGGCUGCUGCUGGGCUACGCGCUGUACGGCGUGGUGGAGCGCUGCUGGCUGUCCCCGGCCACCGCGCCCGCCCUCUUCGCGCUCUGGAGCCACUAACCGGCGCUGCCUUCAGCACAAAGCAGGGGCCACGUGCCGCUGCUCGGAGCACGCACAGGGAGGGGAUUCUGGCGCUUGAACUGGCAUCCCAAACCCCAAGUCCAGCCAAGGCUUCUACACGAGCGGUGCCGCAGGCUCCAGGGCCUGCGCUCAGAUGUCUGGUGCUGUCCUGCCCUCCUGGUUGGCUGUCAGGCAGGGUCUGCGCUGACUGUUCUCUGGUGACCAAAAGCAAUCCCCCGCAGAGCCGGGGGAGGGCUCAGCACACCCAUCCGGCAGCUCGCUGCUAAUACUGUGAAUCUGCAUGCUCUCGCCCGGCACCUGCAAUAGCCCAUGGUGUAUGUGGUAGCUGUGACUGUGCAGAGGUUUCUCUACAAUCACCCCUGUAUCUGUAUCCCAUAAAUACACUGAUCAUGCUGCUGUUGUAAGCAUA